GAGCCCUCUACAGGGACGUCAUGCAGGAGAACUACGAAAUGGUGACCUCGCUGGGAUUCCCCAUUCCCAAACCUGACCUGAUUGCCCGGCUGGAACAAGGGGAAGAGCCAUGGGUCCCGGAUCUCCAGGCCAAUGAGGAAAGGGAGAGCCCGAGAGGCACCCGCACAGCAGGUGACAAGACAGUGAGUGAGAACAAGGAGGAGAAUCAUCGGCAGGAAGAUCCUGAGAAAGUGGAACUGCAGGGGAUAUUUUUGAGAAGAGCUGAAGGGAAUUUUUCCCAGUGCUUGGAACAGGGAAACGUCUGGGGAGAUGGACACAGAUCAGAGAUGCAGCUGGGAAAGUAUCCCAGGAAGAAACUGGAUGAAUUCAUUCAAGGUGGCGGAGGAUGGAAGGAUCCCAAGGAAACCACAGUCCAGCAGACAAGUCACAAUGAAGAGAAACCCUACAAAUGCCUUGACUGUGGGAAAAGUUUCUGUUUCAGUGCAAACCUUCUUAAACAUUGGAGAACCCACACAGGAGAGAAGUCCUACGAAUGCUUGGACUGUGGGAAAAGCUUCAGCGAGAAGUCAAACUUUAUUAUACAUCGGAGAUUGCACACAGGAGAGAGACCGUAUAAAUACCUGGAGUCCGGGAGAAGUUUUAGUCAGAGGUCACUCCUUCUUGCACAUCAGAGACUGCACACAGGAGAGAGACCCUAUAGAUGCCUUGAGUGUGGGAAAAGUUUCAGUUUGAAAUCAACCCUUAAUAGACAUCAGAAAACACACACGGGAGAGAAACCGCAUAAAUGCCUGGACUGUGAGAAAACUUUCAGUCAGCGCUCAAACCUUAUUAAACAUAGGGGAAUCCACACAGCAGAAAGACCAUAUAAAUGCUUGGAUUGUGGGAAAACAUUCGGUCAAAGCUCGUACCUCGUUAAACAUCGGAGAAUCCACACAGGAGAGAGACCGUAUAAAUGCCUUGAGUGUGGGAAAAAUUUCAUUCGUCACUCAAACCUCACUAAACACAGGAGAAUCCACACGGGUGACAAGCCCUAUGAAUGCAACGACUGUGGGAAAAGUUUCAUUGAGAGAACAAAACUUACUAGACAUCAGGCAAUCCACACAGGAGAGAAACCCCAUAAAUGCUUGGAUUGUGGGAAAACUUUCAGUCAGAAGUCACAACUUCUUAUACACGGGAGACUGCACACAGGAGAGAGACCUUAUAAAUGCCUUGAGUGUGGGAGAAGUUUUAGUCAGAGCUCAAAUCUUGUUACACAUCAGCGAACCCACACGGGAGAGAGACCUAAUAUAUGCCUUGAGUGUGGGAAAAGGUUUAAGCACAGUUCAUCCUUAAUUAAUCAUAGGAGAAUCCACACAGGAGAGAGACCCUAUAAAUGCCUUGAGUGUGGGAAAAGUUUUAUGGAAAGUUCAUCGCUUACUAAACAUGGGAGAAUCCACACGGGAGAGAGACCCCAUAAAUGCCUCGAGUGUGGGAAAGGUUUUAUAGAAAGUUCAUCCCUUACUAAACAUGGGAGAAUCCACACAGGAGAAAGACCUUAUAAAUGUCUUGAAUGUGGGAAAAGUUUCAGUUUGAAAUCAACCCUUAAUUCACAUCAGAAAACCCAUGCAGAAGAGAAACCCCAUAAAUGCCUGGAGUGUGGGAACACUUUUGCUAGGCACUCAUCCCUUAUUAAACAUGGAAGAAUCCACAUGGGGGAGAGACCUUAUAAAUGCUUUGACUGUGGGGAAAGCUUCAAUAAGAGCUCAGCACUGACCAAACAUCAGAGAAUCCACAAGGGUGAGAGUGGGAUUGUUGCUGGGGGACUCUUGUUGUUUCAGAUGCUGGUGACCUUCGAGGAGGUGGCUGUGUAUUUCACCCAGGGGCAGGGGGCUCUGCUGGACCCUGGUCAGAGAACCCUCUACAGGGAUGUCAUGCGGGAGAAUUAUGAGACUGUGACCUCACUGGGAUUCCCCAUUCCCAAACCUGAGCUGAUCACCCGGCUGGAACGAGGGGAAGAGCCAUGGAUCCCUGAUCUCCGGGCUUGCGAGGAAAGAGAGAUACCAAGGGGCACCCACACAGCAGGUGCUGAGCGAGGGAGUGAGAACGAGGAGGGGAAUCAACAUGAGGAAGUUCCUGGGGAAGUGAAACCACAGGGGACCUUUGAGGGAAGAGCUGAAGGGAAUUUUUCCCAGUGCUUGGAAGAGGGAGAAGCCUGGGGAAAUUGGCACAGGUCAGAGAGGCUGCUGGGACACCACCCAGAGAAGAAAGUGGAUGAAACUAUUAUAUAUGGGGGUGGAGACAAGGAUCCCACAGCCCAGCAGACAAAUCCUCAGGAAGAGAAGCCGUACCACUGCCUCCAGUGUGGGGAACAAUUCAUUCUGAGAUCACAGCUCAUUACACAUCAAACAGUCCAUACUGGAGAGAAACCCCAUAAGUGCCUGGACUGUGGGAAAAGUUUUAGCCGUAGCUCACACCUCAUUGGACAUUGGAGGACCCACACUGGGGAGAGACCCUAUAAAUGCCUCCACUGUGGGAAGAGUUUCACUGAGAGCUCACACCUUAUUCGACAUCAGAGGAUUCACACGGGAGAUAAACCUCAUCAGUGCCUGCACUGUGGGAAAAGUUUCAUUCAGAAAACAGACCUUCUAUCACAUCAGACAAUCCACACAGGAGAGAAGCCCUAUAAAUGCUUGGACUGUGGGAAAAGCUUCAAUAACCGCUCAAACCUUACUAAGCAUCGGCAAAUCCACACAAGAGAGAGACCUUAUAAAUGCCUGGACUGUGGGGAAAGUUUCAGCCACAAAUCAGACCUUACUGAACACUGGCGAAUCCGGAGGGGAGAAAGACCCUAUAAAUGCCUCGAUUGCGGGAAAAGUUUCACACAGAGAUCAGGCCUUGUUACACAUCAGAGAAUCCACACAGGAGAGAAACCCUAUAAGUGCUUAGACUGUGGGAAAAGUUUCACACACAGAUCGGCCCGUAAUAGACAUCAGACAGUCCACACAGGAGAGAGACCCCAUAAGUGCUUGGAGUGUGGGAACAAUUUCACACGGAGAUCAGCCCUUAUUACACAUCAGGCAACCCACACAGGCGAGAGACCCCAUAAGUGCUUGGACUGUGGGAAAAGUUUCCCACACAGAUCAUCCCUUAUUAGACACCAGGCGAGCCACACGGGAGAAAGACCCUAUAAAUGCCUCGACUGUGGGAAAAGUUUCAUGCACAGAUCAAACCUCAUCUUACAUCAGAGAAUCCACACGGGCUAUAAACCUCAUGAAUGCCUUACUUGUGGGAAAAGCUUCAGUAAGAGCUCAAACCUCACUAAACAUCGGAAAACCCACAAGGGUGAGAGCAACCCUAUGAAUAGCUUGACUGCGGGAAAAGAUUCAAGCCAAGCUCACACUUCAGCGAUACAGACAACAGUGGGACCUUGAGUGUGGGGGCAGCUUCAUUUGGUGCUUCCAUUGUAUCAGGCAUCCGCAAAUCCACACAGGGAAGAAACCUCUGAGAUGUUCUCAGUGUGUAAAAUGUUCCAUGUGGAGCUAACACCAUGUUAGACAUCAGAGCAGGGAAAUUCUCUCAGGGUCCUGACUGGGGCUGGCCGUGGUGACAAACCCAUUUCCUUGUUCCCACACACAUCAGGGGUGUUUGGCUCCCAAGUGUCCAGCUGCCCAUCGCUGGGAUGAGGAUCCAGCAGCAGCCGAGCAUCAGCUGGUCAGUGACCCCUCUGGCUCUGCCUGGUGUAAGCAAACCCCGGGCAGAGGAGGAGAAGCCCUGAUCAGCCCCUCCUCCCUGCUGCAGCCCUGGCUGCUGAGCUGCUGGGACACAGGUGUGGGGAAGGAAGAGAGAGAAACUCCUCCAGCCGCUUCCUCUGUCUGGCUGAAGUUCCCUUCUAGAAACAAGAAAAUUACUACAAAAAUAAUAAAAUCCUAUGUACAAGAAUAAAAGCAGUCUUCCUGGAAAGAUUGGACAGCGCAGCGCUCAGGAUGAGAAGACAGCAGAAGCUCUGACUUGGAUCCUGUGGCGGUGAGAAGGAACUGAAGAUGUGGUCGGUCUGUCCCGCCCCUUAAUGCCUGGGGUGAACCCACAAGCUGGUACAAGGGCACAUGCGUGGACCAAUGGACGCUCCUACUUUGAAAAGCUCUGGCUCCUGGCACAGUGUAGGUGCAUAAUCCUCAUGGAAUACAAUAGGGACUAUCACUCGAAGAAGAAAGAUACUUGGGCCAGGCCUCAGCUUCACUCUAGACACCUGUCAUCCCCCACCCCAUCUUCCACCAGCCCCUGGGCUGGGCUCCCCCACUUACCUGGAGCUGUUUCCUGCAGGGGGAGUGUCCAUGGGGUUGGUAACUCCUCCCCUCCCCAAAUUCCCCAGGGUGCUGGGUUCUGGGGGAUUAAGGGUUAAGGGACAAGGAUGUAUUUUGGAAGGAAACUAGACAUUAAAAGGGUGGGGCUGGAGGAACUGGAACCAAGGGAGCUGGGUGCUGGGGUAUCGAGUGUUUGGGGAUGAUGGGAUAAGAGGCGAGGGAGAGCAAAGGGGUAGAGAGAUGCUGCCUCUCCUCACUCACCCCCUCUGCCCCUUCUCCCUGCCCCCGCUGCAUUCAGACAGCGCCACUGAGCGGGAUUGAUUCCCACAGGGCCUUUUGUGGGGGGCCUGGAUAUCCCACCUCUGCAACAUCAGCCUCGGAGGUUCUCUCUGUGGUAGGAAAUGUGGUUGGCAUUAGCCAGCGCAUCUCUGUGACCCUCCACCAGAUUCCUCCAGGGCUGCGGUGGGGAGAGAGGUGACAGGACUGGGGCUGGGUUUGGGGAGGGGCACCCUGUGACAGGGCCGAGCCACCGCACCUGGGACCAGGCCAGGUUGCUGUGGCUGGGGCCAGGCUAUGCCCUGCCACCCCGGCCGGCAUUGGGCUGGGAUAGGGGUGCCCUGGCCAUGGCAUAGCUGGGGCUGAAGGCCACCCCGGCAGGUCUGCGCUGCAGCAUAGUUGGGGCCAGGUGAGGGGCAUCGUGGCAGGUCCCCAGGCGGGUUCCCUGAGCACCUGCACAGAGCUAAAUAGGUUGUUGUGCAGCCUUAGGUGGGGACAGUGAAAUGUGAUGUUUUAGCUUCUGUGCUAUUUCAGGACAAUGGGGUGAGUCCAAGAGAUUCCCUCCUUCCUCCAGCACCGUCACCCUCCACACGACGCAGCAGCCUCCGUCCCAGCAAUGGAGAGUUUUAUCCUGGCCCCAUUUUACCCGCCGCCUCCCAAGAUGUCACCACCGUGUCCCUGGCUUUCCGUGACAGAAAGUGUCCAAAUCCAAAUGAAUCUGAAGGCACAUUUUGACCUUUCUGAUCUUAUAGCCCCGUUUCCAUCUCUUGGGGUACGUCCACACCACCCGCCGGAUCGGUGGGUAGCGAUCAAUCUGUUGGGGAUUGAUUUAUCGCGUCUCGUCUAGACGCGAUAAAUUGAUCCCCGCCGCGUUCCCCGUCCGCGUUCCGGAACUCCACGAGGGUGAGAGGCGGAAGUGGAGUCGACGGGGGAGCCGCAGCCGUCGAUCCCGCGCUGUGAGGACGGGAGGUAAGUCGAUCUAAGAUAUGUCGCCUUCAGCUACGCUAGUCUCAUAGCUGAAGUUGCGUAUCUUACAUCGACACCCUCCCGCUCCCCCACCCCCUCCCAGUAUAGACCAGCCCUUGGUAAAAUUGCUCCCAGUUUUUGUCCAGGCUAGUCCAGAUCAUGUGUAGAUGGGAAGCUGCUUUGUUUUUAUUAUUAGGAUGAUGCUAAAACUUGUGUAACUAACAUGACAAAAUAAUGAGGCGAGAAUAGGGUGACCAGAUGUCCCGAUUUUAUAGGGACAGUCCUGAUAUUUGGUGCUUUGUCUUAUCAGGCACCUAUUACCCCCCACCCUCUGUCCCAAAUUUUCACACUUGCUGUCUGGUCACCCUAGGUGAGAAGUAAAGCAGGUUUAGCCAUUUUAGAAGAAGAUGGGUAAAUAUAUUGUCCUGAUUUUGAAUCUGAAGAUUCUCUGAGAUUUCACUUUAUGAACAUGGUUUUUGUGGGUUUUUCUCUCUUCCCGACCACCAAUUGGUCACUCAUUUUGGUAUUAGUUUAGCUUGACAGGGUGUAGCUCAGAUUUAUGGAGGAAAUCACAACACAGGUGGUCCUUUGGCAGAAUAGUCCUUUUAAACUGUAUUUUGACCUUUUUCUACCUUUGUCACAGGAUUUUUGUGUUGUUAGAACCAUGAUAAUUACCAAUAUCAGCACAAACAUGGAGAUUGAGCGCUAGAUUUACACUCAGAGACUGAAACAGGGAAUGAAGUUACUGCCUGAUCCCUGCAGAGAUGCGAGAUACCAUUGGGCCGGGGAAAAGACGGGGAGAACAGAACUGGAAAAUGUCUGAGUUUGCUCCUCAGAGCCAGACAGCUGUGAACUCGCUGCAUCAGAGCCAGAGAGAGACUAGACUUGGCCUGAGAGUUGUGUGAAGCUGUCCCUAAAAUCUACAUGGCUGUGAACGACACCCCAAGAAAAAUGACAGGGGAGGGGGCAGCGUCUCCCUAUUGCUGAGAUGCUGCGUGGUUGGGCGCAGGCAAGAAGGGAGCUGGGGAUGUUAGGAGACCUGGGCAGCCUUGAAGCCAGGCCGAGCCUCAGUGAUGGGGGCAGAGGGAGAUGGGGGAACCUGACAGCCCUGCUGGUCACCCCCCUCCCCAUCUACCGCAGUGUCCUGUGUGGGGAUUACAGAGACUGUCUCUGCCCCACUCACCCCUCUAACCUGAGCUCUUUGGAUUCCCUGCUCCCAGGGUGUUUGCUUUUGUGACGGGCUCCCAACGCCUCUUGUGGUUUCUCUGCGCUUUUCACACAAUGUGUAGAUGUUGCCGGUCCGUGGGGGAGUUGGGUGCAGCAGUGGGCUGGGGGUGGGAAAAGGAGUCUGGAAUAAUAAAGGACAAUUUAGUUUCUCUCA